GCCUAUUUCUUUACUUUCAACUGCACCUAAAACAUUCGAAACUAUUGUGUCGGAUAUGAUAACUCCUGAACUUGACAGAAUUAUUGUUGACGAUCAACAUGGUUUUAGAUCGUCUAAAACAACUACUACUAAUUUACUUACCCUUCAACAUUCCAUAAUUGAUGCUUUUUCUGCUGGUUUACGUAUGGACGUUAUUUAUACUGAUUUCGCUAAAGCUUUAUAUAAAGUUAAUCACACUAUUCUUUUACAUAAAUUAAAAUAUAUUGGCGUAUGUGGUCCUCUUCUUCAAUGGAUUAAGUCUUACAUUUCACAGCGUAUUCAAAUUGUUGUUUAUAAAGAAUUUCAGUCAAAACCAAUAUUAGUUACUUCAGGUGAAUUGACUGCACGCAAUGAAUUAAAAUUAACCAAAUUCAUUCAAAUUUAA